AUGCUUAUUUGGAGGGUCUGUCAUGAGUCAUUGGCUACAAAACUCAAUCUUUUUAAGAAAAGAAUAGUGGACUCUCUUCUAUGUCCUGUUUGUCAACAAGAGCCAGAGUCUGUGAUGCAUGCUUUGUGGUCGUGUAAUUCAGUUCAAGAUGUAUGGGGAGUGAGUCUCAGGAAAUUGCAGAAAGGAGUAGUAAUGGAAAACAAUUUUAAGGAGCUGUGGACCCUCUUAAUUGCAGAUCUAGAAAGUGAGGAGCUUGUAGAGUUUGCUGCAACAGUUUAUCAGAUUUGGAAGAGGCGAAAUAGCUUAGUUUUUGAAAAUAGGUUUUGGGAUCCAGGUAAGGUAGUUGAGGCAGCCAGGUCUACUGUGUCAGAAUUCAAGGAAGCUAAUGCAACCACUGAAGGUGUUCAGGUAGAAAUUAGACACAGUAUACCUUUAUGGAGUCCUUCACCAAUAAAUACCUUCAAAGCCAACUGGGAUGCAGCUGUUGAUAGAAGAAAAAGCAAGAUAGGUGCAGGUGUUGUGAUCAGGGAUUGGGAGGGUAGAACAGUGGCUUCACUGAGUUCACCAAAAAUUUUUUUUCCUGAUGCUCAUCUAGCAGAAUCUUAUGGAGUACUGAAGGCAGUUAUUCUGUGUCAACAACUGGGUAUUAAAUAG